AUGUCGCCAUAUUAUUGCUUGUUGUGCCAACCAGCGUCUCGAUUGGCAGCUCUUCCUCACUCAGCCACUCCUCAGUUCGUCGUCACUCAGCCACUCCUCGACGGCCUCAGUUCCUCAGUUCCUGCGUUCCUCACGGAGUCACCGUUUAUAGCCACCGCUGCUGCUCCGUCUGGCCGUCGUCGCUGCUGCCUGCUAGUCUCGGUCCUGGGCUCCUGGGUCUUGUCCUCUGACUCUGCUGGUCUCGCUCUCCAUCACGGGCUCACGGCUGCUCCUCGCCUCAUCUGUGGCUCUGUCCUGGUCCUCGUCUCCUCUGGAAAUAUGAAUUCUGAAACUGUGAGUAACCUUGUUACUACUGGAGUUGGUUCUGAGGCUGCUCCGGUCGAGGUUGAUGAACCUAGUUUGAAAAGGCUGAGACCAGCAACCUCUGAUGUUUGGAAUUUUUUCAAAAAGCUCGGUCCAGAUAAGGAUGGAGUAGAACGUGCUGAGUGUAAAGGAUGCAAGAAAGUGUUUAAAGCUGGAGGUAAGCGAUAUGGCACUUCUACUAUAAAACGGCAUCUUGAUAGUUGUACUCAAAUUAAGCAUGAAGAUAUUGGUCAGACUAUAGCAGAAUUGCAACUUAAAAUGGGUUCACUUAAGAUUGAUUCAGGAGUGGCUAGAGAUAUGUUUGCUGGGUAUGUAGUUGCUGGGGAUAAGCCUUUUAAUAUGGUUGAUGAUAGGAGAUUUAGAAAUUGGGUGAAAUAUAUUAGUCCAACUUUGAAACUUCCUUCUAGGAAUACGGUUAAAGCUGACAUAGUGAAAGUUUACAAGAGAGAAGCUGCGAAACUUAAAAAAAAUUUAGUUUCCAUUCCAAAUAGAAUUUGCUUAACAUCUGAUCUUUGGACUUCCAGAUAUGAAUUGUCUUCUAAAAUCUUUACGCUUUUGACUGAGUGGAAAACUGAUAAAAAGAUUUUUUUCAUUACUUUGGAUAAUGCUUCUUCUAAUGAUACUUGUGUUGAACACUUGAAAAGUACUUUGGAUGUGCAUGGUUCAUUGUUGUGUGGUGGUGAAUUCUUUCAUCUCCACAAUUCGGUUAAGAAGCGAGAACCGGAAGAGAAAGAAGCUGAUGAUGGUGAUGACGAGGAUGGAGAAGAACAGGAGGAGCUGCAGGUGAAGAGGGGAAAAUUCGGAAUAGCUAAAAUUUCACAAUUUCAGUUUGAUCACACUGGACCGUUUGAGCCUCUUGUCCUUUCUUCAGAUGCAGAAGUUCCAGUCAUUCAGGUUCCCGCAACUAUAAAUUGUAGACUACUUGAGCAUCAAAGAGAGGGAGUGAGAUUUCUGUAUGGUUUGUAUAAAAACAAUCAUGGUGGUAUCCUUGGAGAUGACAUGGGUCUUGGAAAGACCAUUCAAGCAAUAGCAUUUCUUGCUGCUAUCUUUGGUAAGGAAAGAGACUCUAUGCUGGGUGAAAAUGACGAAGAGAAGAGAGACCCUGUAUUGAUAAUCUGUCCAACUUCUGUCAUUCAUAAUUGGGAGAGUGAGUUCUCUAAAUGGGCUAAUUUCAGUGUUUCCAUUUAUCAUGGUGCAAACCGGGAUCUGAUACAUGAGAAACUAGAAGCAAAUGGAGUGGAGAUACUUAUUACAAGUUUUGACACUUACAGAAUUCACGGAAGUUCCUUGUCAGAUUUCGAAUGGGGCAUUGUGAUUGUUGACGAGGCUCACCGGCUUAAGAAUGAGAAAUCAAAACUCUAUAAAGCAUGUUUAGAAAUUAAAACCCUUAGACGUUAUGGUCUUACAGGGACCAUAAUGCAAAAUAAGAUAAUGGAGUUGUUUAAUCUCUUUGACUGGGUUGCACCUGGAUCACUUGGGACACGGGAGCACUUUCGUGAGUUCUAUGAUGAACCCCUUAAACAUGGUCAGAGGUCAUCUGCUCCUGACAAGUUUGUCCAAAUUGCUAAUAAAAGAAAACAACACCUUGUGAAUGUUCUUCAUAAAUAUUUGUUGAGAAGGACAAAGGAAGAGACAAUUGGACAUCUUAUGAUGGGGAAGGAAGAUAACAUUGUGUUCUGUGCCAUGAGUGAUUUGCAAAGACGUGUUUACAAGAGAAUGUUACAGCUUCCUGAUAUCCAAUGCCUUAUAAACAAGGACCUGCCUUGUAGUUGUGGUAGCCCACUUACACAAGUUGAAUGUUGUAAGAGGACAGUACCAAAUGGAAUUAUUUGGCCUUACCUUCACCGAGAUAACCCUGAUGGUUGUGAUUCAUGCCCUUUCUGCAUUGUCCUUCCGUGCCUUGUCAAGCUUCAACAGAUAAGCAAUCACCUUGAGCUGAUUAAGCCAAACCCCAAAGAUGACCCUGAGAAGCAAGGCAAAGAUGCAGAGUUUGCUGCUGCUGUCUUUGGCUCUGAUAUUGAUUUGGUUGGCGGAAAUAUGCAGAGUGAGAGUUUCAUGGAUCUAAGUGAUGUGAAACAUUGUGGAAAAAUGCGAGCACUUGAAAAACUUCUGUACUCAUGGAUUUCACAUGGUGACAAAGUUCUUUUGUUUAGCUAUUCAGUGAGGAUGCUUGACAUACUGGAGAAAUUUCUCAUACGGAAAGGCUACUGCUUCUCAAGACUUGAUGGGUCUACUCCGACAAAUUUGCGCCAGUCUUUAGUUGAUGAUUUCAACUCCAGUCCUAGCAAACAAGUAUUUUUGAUAUCAACUCGUGCCGGUGGGCUUGGGUUGAACCUUGUCAGCGCAAACCGGGUUGUAAUAUUUGAUCCCAACUGGAAUCCUGCACAAGACUUACAGGCCCAGGACAGGUCCUUUCGUUUUGGGCAGAAGCGACAUGUUCUGGUGUUCCGUCUUCUUGCAGCCGGUUCGCUUGAAGAACUUGUUUAUUCUCGUCAGGUGUAUAAGCAGCAACUUUCAAACAUUGCUGUCUCAGGAAAGAUGGAAAAACGAUAUUUUGAAGGUGUCCAGGACUGCAAAGAAUUUCAAGGGGAGCUUUUUGGAAUUUGCAAUUUAUUUCGGGAUUUAUCUGACAAGCUAUUUACUAGUGAAAUCAUUAAACUGCAUGAAAUGGGAAAGGAACAUCACAAUACAAUAGAACAGGAAAAAGAAAAUCUUUUAGAAGAAACUGAUUCUCUAAGAUCGGCGUCUGACACUGAAAUAUGUGCUGGAACUGCAAGCAACGUAGCAAGUAAACCAGAUUUUGAAGACCUUGGAAUUGUGUAUGCUCAUCGAAAUGAAGACAUUGUCAACUGUGGACCUGUGAUUCAGGGGAAGAUAGAUAGCAGCAUCCCUUCAAAGAGUGAUAGCUUAGUCAAGCCAAGCAUCUCUUCAGUCAACCAAAGAAAUAAACCAGAUUGUGUACCUAAAAAACAGAAAGCUCCUUUGAUUGAUGAAAGGAAGAGAACCCAAUAUAGCCUGCUUGCACAUUCUAUGGGCAUGGAAGAGCUUGCAUUUAGCAAAUGGUUACUAUCAGCAACUCCUAAGGAGAGGGAGGAAGUGCUUCGAGACUUCAAGAAGAAAAAGAAGAUGCCUAAUGGUUAAAAGGAAUGGUUCAUAUAGAUGGCAAAACAAAUGGUUAUGUUGGAUGUUGCUACGAUUACAAUAUAAAAAACAUUACUGAUUGUAACAUUAUGUACAGAUGGCAAAUAUAGAAUACCACCCUUUUUUUAGUAGUUUAACAUUUUCACAAAGUGAAUAUAAAAAAUGUAUCUUGUUCCAAAGGUUGUAGCUUUUGCGUAUGAUGAAACUUUAAUUGUUACUUCAGGCUUAGGUUUCCUUUUCUCAAA